AUGCCUUGUAACGAAUGGUGUGCUGGAUUCGUGGAGAGAAACCGCGCUGGCUUGAAUUUCUUGCUCCUGGUUCUUGGAUAUGUUUUGUAUUUGAUUGCGGGAGCGGGUGUAUUCUCUGCCAUCGAGCUGCCGUACGAGCGCGCUCUGAAGCAGGAGCUGAGACUGGCGCACCAGGAUUUCUUAAAGGACAGUCCGUGUGUGGAUGAGGCGCGCCUGGAGAAGCUCUUGGUCCGGGUGCUCAAGGCCAGUAACUACGGGGUGACGGUCCAUGGCAACGACUCGGAUCAAAACUGGGACUUUGUGUCGUCUCUGUUCUUCACCAGUACCGUCCUGACCACGACAGGUUAUGGCCACACGGUUCCUCUCUCCGACGAGGGCAAGGCCUUCUGUAUCAUCUACGCUCUGCUGGGUAUCCCCGCCACUCUGCUCUUCCUGUCCGCCGUGGUGCAAAGGAUCAUGGUCCUGGUCACGCGCCGGCCCCUCGCCUACCUCCACAGACGCUGGGCCAUGACCAAGUCCCUCCUGGGCUUCAUCCACGCCUCGUCUCUGGGGAUCGUGCUGACGCUGCUGCUGCUGAUCGUGCCCUCGUGGAUCCUGGUGACCACGGAGAAAGACUGGAACUUCCUGGAGGCGUUUUACUUCUGCUUCAUCUCCCUGACCACCAUCGGCCUGGGGGAUUACGUCCCCGGGUCGACGCACAAUAAAGAGGACAGACCACAUCCGCAUCUGUACAGGCUUUCCAUCACAGUGUACCUCCUGCUGGGUCUGAUCUGCGUCCUGGUCAUGCUGGAGACCUGCUGUGAGCUGCCGCAGAUGACGAGACUCCGCCAGAGAUUCUUCAACGAGAACAUCCACGAGCUGGACCCAGAGACCGCCACCAUCAUCGACCGGGAGCAGCUGAGCGAGCCCACCCUCUACACCGCCGAGCCCCUACCCAGAAUCCCCUCUGUGUCCGAACAGGCCGCCUCCAUGAAGAACGGUGUGGCCUACGUUCCAGCUAGCAAUGCUAACGGGAAACUCCGAUGA